AUGAGGGCCAAUCUCGAGGCGUAUCUACCAAUUCGAGCGUUUCUGACAUUAUGUGCGCAUCCACCAUCUGGUGAUUCCACCAUUCCGACCACCAACAAGAGGUUUGCUGUCUUUGCGGUGUCUUACGCUGCAUCUACGAAGCAACGCAAGACAGGGGGCGAAUGUGAUGAUCGCGAUAAAAUCUCUAACAAAGCCCUAAAACUUAUAGCGAAGAAAGCAAUUGUUAAAUUAGUCACUAUAAUCAACGGCAUCCUGAGACUCAGGUACUUUCCCACUCAAUGGAAACACGCUUCGGUUAUACUUAUCCCUAAACCUGGAAAAGACCCAACCUACCCGCAAAAUUACAGACCUAUCAGUCUACUCUCAAACAUCAGCAAAGUAGCAGAAAAAGUUAUUUUCUUGAGAAUACUAAAGGAUCUCGCUACAACCAAUUCAAUACCACCAGAACAGUUCGGAUUUCGAGCAGCCCAUGAGACAAACCUGCAACUACUUCGUGUCACAGAACUGAUCACCCGCAACUUCAAUACCAGACAACACACAGGCUUAAUCCUCUUCUAUGACAAAAAAGCCUUUGACAAUGUCUGGCACACAGGACUCGUAAUAAAAAUGUGCAAAUCAAAAAUCAAUUUGAAAAUCGUCCAACUCAUCCAAUCUUUUCUGCACAACCGCUCCUUCCAAGUGUGCUUUGAGAACCACCUAUCAUCUGUUCGACAAAUCACUGCAGGCGUCCCUCAAGGGUCAGUCCUCUCGCCAACACUAUACAACAUCUACACACACGACGUACCAAAACACCCUAAAACAGAUUUAGCUCUCUAUGCCGAUGAUACAGCCAUUAUAGCCACAUCCAGAUCACCUCAGCUAAUAACACAACGUCUCCAGGAACACACCGAUUCCCUCAUCAACUACUACGCCAAAAUCAACCUCAAUAAAACGCAAGCUAUCUUAUUUACAAAACGCAGGGCUUCACAACACCAAAACAUUCUCAUAAAUAACCAAGCGAUAGAAUGGAUAAAACAAAUCAAAUAUAUGGGACUAACACUCGAUACCAGUCUCACUUAUAAAACUCACCUGAUAAACGCUGCCAAUAAGACUAAAAGCGCCUUGAAAAGUCUAAACUCCCUUCUCUGUCGAAAAACCCACCUCAACCUCGCAAACAAACGCCUCCUAUACCUUUCAACAUUAAGACCUAUUCUAAGUUACGCUUCCCCUUGCUGGGGCUCAGCAGCCUCCUCCAACCUCUCCCAUAUCCUCACAGUUCAAAACAAAAUCAUCCGCCAGAUCAGCAAUGCUCCCUGGUUUAUCAGAAACAAAAACCUCGAAAAGGACCUGAAAAUACCAAAUCUCAAGGAUUUCAUUAAAAAACUUAACCAAGACUUUGCAAACAGAACCGGUACUUCAAACAACCCUUCACUAACCUACACCAUAGAUUAUGAUACCAAAACAUCAUUCAAAUACACGAGACCACUGCAGUCAUGCAUGCAGUAA